GCUCUUUCCAUAGGGGCUCAUGGAAAGGGAGAAUAGAAGCGAGCGCGGUAUCCGAUUGCUGCUGCGAUUUCUUCGGCCAGCAAACGGAGGCGCAGCGCGAACUCUAGGCUAAGUGGUGCGGGCACUUCGGCAGUCUGAGCAGACAAUGGGGCUUCAGUCCGAAAACAGCAAAGCCCCGGCAACGGAUGAUAAGCCUCCGCGGCUGAACACCUGUCACGGCAAAGUCUUCUGUAACAUUAAGGUAUUUGUGUUCUGCCAUGGCCUGAUGCAGCUGUCUCAACUCCUCUACAGUGCUUACUUUAAGAGUAGCUUGACUACCAUCGAGAAGCGCUUUGGCCUCUCCAGUUUGUCCUCUGGCUUUAUCUCCAGUUUACAUGAGAUUGGCAAUGUUAUCCUCAUCAUCUUUGUUAGCUACUUUGGGAGUCGAGUUCAUCGACCUCGGAUCAUUGGCCUGGGAGGCUUGCUGUUGGCACUAGGGGCCUUCCUUUUGACUCUUCCACAUUUCCUUUCUGGUCGAUAUGAAUAUUCUUCAGCACAACUCUAUAACCAAAGCAGCCAGUCCAGAUUAGAGCUCUGUCAAGGGGGAUUUAAGUGUUUGAAUGCCACUGUGAACAUCCAGGCAGAGGCCAGUAUCAUGUGGGGAUUAAUGAUACUUGCCCAACUCUUGGCUGGAAUUGGAACAGUCCCCAUCCAACCUUUUGGAAUUUCCUAUGUGGAUGACUUUGCUGAGCCAAACAAUUCUCCUUUGUACAUAGCAAUCUUAUUUUCCAUCUCAGUGUUUGGUCCAGCUUUUGGCUACCUUCUCGGCUCUGCAGCACUGAGGAUUUUUGUAGAUUUUGGACGGGUUAGCCUGAAGGAUGUAAACUUGACCCCAGGUGACCCACGUUGGAUUGGAGCAUGGUGGUUAGGUCUUCUCGUAGCUGCUGGUUGUUUGCUCCUCUGUUCCAUUCCUUAUUUCUUCUUCCCUCGAUAUAUGCUGAAAGGGAAGGAAGCAUCUGAAGCAGAUAUCCUGAAGAAGAUUGAGAAAGCAAAGGCAGAGGAAGAGUCCCUGAUGGUUUUUAUCAAAAAGUUCCCACAAGGCUUCUUAAGACUGCUCCUCAAUCCACUCUUCAUGUUGUUGGUCUUGACGCAAUGCAGCUUCUCCUCUAUUCUUGCUGGUCUCUCUACCUUCCUCAACAAGUACCUGGAAAAACAAUUUGGUGCUACCUCCUCUUAUGCUAAUUUCCUCAUUGGAUCUAUGAAUUUGCCUUCAGCUGCACUAGGGAUGCUCUUUGGAGGGUUCAUCAUGAAACGUUUUGCUUUCUCACUCAAAACCAUUCCACGUUUCACCAUUGUGGUGUUACUUUUCUCCACCCUUUGCUAUCUUCCUCUCUUUUUUAUGGGCUGCUCUUCACAGACCGUGGCUGGAAUUCACCUGUCCAGUACAUCAAGUUCCCCAGAACAGGAUCCAUGUAACCUUCGCUGCUCUUGCUCAAAGUAUCUCUUCCAUCCAGUCUGCGGAGAUGAUGGUGUGGAGUACCUCUCUCCCUGUCAUGCUGGCUGUAGUGGUUUCUUCUCUAAUUCUUCAGUCUCUGGAAUUAUCUAUACAAAUUGCUCCUGUAUCUCCACCAAGUAUGGACAAUCUUCAGCAAAGACUGGAUCUUGCCCUGUUAGCUGUGCCCAUCUGUUGUUGCCUGUUAUAUUCAUCAUUUCAUUUUCUGCAUUGAUUGCCUGUCUUUCUCACAACCCUCUCUACAUGAUGGUGUUACGAGUGGUGUCCUAUGAUGAAAAGUCUUUUGCUAUUGGAAUCCAGUUCCUAUUGAUGAGAUUACUGGCCUGGUUGCCAGCUCCUACCCUCUUUGGCAUCCUCAUUGACUCUUCCUGCACAUGGUGGAAGAAAGCCUGCAAUAGUAAGAGUGGAGCCUGCCAUUAUUAUAACAACAGCUUCUUCCGCAGCAGGUACUUAGGCCUCCAGGUUGGCUACAAAAUUAUUGGCAUUCUGCUGUUAUCUUUCAUCAGUUGGAAGCUGACCAGGAACAAGCAGUACAAUGUGCAAGAUAAAGCUGUUGAUCCAGAGUAGCUCCACACUACAACAAGACCUGCUUCAAGCAUCAUUUUGUAUGAUGUUUAAAUUUACUUAACGUGGCCUUUGUGCCUUUUGUUUUAUUUUAUUUUUUUUACAGUACAGGCGCCAUUUUAUAUUAGCAGCUAAACUUGAACUCCCUAAGUGACCAGUUUCUGCUGCAUGUAGUCCAACUAAAAGAACAUGCUUGUGUUGGGGAACAGAGAUCGCACAGCCAACUCAUCUCACUGAGGCAUUGAAAUGAAAACACCCACAGCUAGCAAAAGGGACCCCCAGGCUACAGUGGUAGAGGCAUCUUCAAAGACUGGGCCAGAGAUGUAAUUUGGAAGACAACGGGUUCUCUUGCUUUUAUGUCAAAACAAUGGAAAUGGCAAGUGAAAACUGUUACAGUUAAAAGAACCAUAUGAGUCACUUAAAAGUUGCUAGCAGGGGAAGCCAUCCAAUUUGGCUAUGGAGUUUUGGACUGUUCUACUCAAUCAACUUUGACGCAUUAUCCAGGCUUGCCAAAGGGAUGGGACCAUGGGAGAAGCAAUCUCAACUUGGUUUGCCCUCUCUCUGUUUCCUUUGCUUCUUCCUUUACUUCCUUUACUAUACAGGCCAGAACGGAUAAAAAUGCCAGUCAGUGUAUAAAGUUGGUAGUUAUGACAUGUACACUUUUAAAUAAAAAACUUUUUUCUAGUCUGUUCUUACUCUUUUUUUACUGACAGAUUUUGAAGAAGCCACUUUUUUCAAUAUUUCCCCUGCUUUUGAGCCUCCCUGUUGCUAUAAGCCAUACUGUGUUUGACUUUGGAAUUUUUUGACAUGGUACUCAUCCAAAUUUUAAUUCUUAUGAAUCUUUUUAGUAACAGAACAGCUUUUAAUUAUAGUGAUGGAAAUAUGUGAUAUUUCAUCAAGAAAUAAUUCAUUCCUCAUGUUACUUUCUCUUCAACUUAAAAGCAUGGCUUGUCAUUUUGGUCUUUUCCCCUACUCCCCUAAACAGAAGAGUACUUGGGGGGACAGAGAGAGAAAAUCUGUUAAGCUUCUUAAAUCUAAAACCACUAAGAUGCUAUUUAGUUUAUGCUGCAUUAUAUUUGCUUGAGAUUUGACCCAUUUAAUCAAAGGCAGUGUUCUCUUCUCUAUUCUGCUGGAGGAAGAGAAAGAUGCAAAUAAAUGACUGGAUAAAUAAAUUGAUUAGGAAGCAUGCCUUAAAGAGAAAGAUGCAUAGUUGGCAAACAAUUGUUUGCAUGUGUUUACAAAAUUAUAAAGUUUGAGGAAACUGUAGGUCAUUUUCCAACUCCAUAAAUAUGUAAUUUCUUCAAACCUUUUUUUAAAUAUCUGCAUAAAAGAAUAAAAACUUACCACAAAGAAAUGUUGUACCACCACCUAGUGGCACAUUGAUUUAUGACGGAUAUAUUUUGUUAUAUUUAACAAAGUUGUUAUACUGCGUGCCAAAUAGAGCAAUAGAGCAAUUUAAAGUACAGCUUUUUUUUUUUGCUGAUUUAUAGUUUUACCAACAAUAUGAAAAUGAAAUACAUAUUGUAAACAGAGCCAGUGAGGAAAAAACUACAUGAGUCAUUUUAACUUGCAAGCCAUAAGAAGAUGUAAUUUUAAGUGUUGGAUUGGCAAUGGGAGUAAUGGGGUUUAAACAUUACUCACUGUUUAGUUGACCCAAACACCCCCCUUUGUUUCUAGUUUUUACCAAGUUUAACAUUUAUUUGGGAAUCCUAUGAUGGCAAAAUAAAAUAGUACAAUUUGAAUAGGAAAAUGGUUUGGAGAGUUAUAUGUGUUUUUAUAUUCAAGUAUACAGUACCAUUCCUUAUGCUGCUAUUGUAAACACACACAUGUACAACAUACACUUUUGAUACACAUAAUAAAUUUAUUUUAAAAGCAAA